AUGGGAAGUGGAAGAGAUAGAGACGACCCUAUAUCGUUUACUAGCAAUCCAUCAUCGGCUUCUUCUCCGGUCACUGUAUCUGAUUACCUCGACAACUUUCUCGGUGAACCAAGCUCUCGCUCCGGGAGUUUUCAGAGCGAGAGCUUGCUCGGUGGAGGCGGUGGAGAUAGCUUCAGCGACGCUGAUUUCGGAUUCGCUCGUCCCGAUUUCCGAUCGGAGCAACUCGCUGGGACCGUACAGUUUUACGAGAGGCAUGUUUUCUUGUGCUACAAAAAGCCCUCCGUUUGGCCCGCCAGGAUCGAGGCGGCUGAGUUCGACCGACUGCCCAGGCUACUCUCUGCCGCCGUAUUGGCCAGGAAAGGUAGCAUGAAGAAGGAGUAUGGAAUCAUAGAAGACACAGCUCCGCUUUUGAGCUUUAUGUGUAGUGGCUUUACUCUUUUUCAUGUGCUUAUGUCAGUGAUGAAGUUAGGUGGAAAUGGAGUCUCUGAUACUCGGCUCACAAUAUGUGAAGGCCAUGAUGGAACAGAGACAUCCAAUGGCGAUGUACUUAUCUUUCCUGAUAUGAUCAGAUACAGGCAAGGGUCGAAAAGGUUGACUCAUUUUGAUGUGGACACAUUUGUGGAAGAGGUGCUUGUGAAGGAUGGUGAAUGGCUGCCUGGAAAUCCUGAAUUGCUGAAAGGCUCGUAUGUCUUUGUAUGUUCCCAUGGAUCCCGAGACCGACGAUGUGGGGUUUGUGGGCCGUCGCUGGUCAGUAGGUUCAGAGAAGAACUAGAUUUUUAUGGUCUUCAAGGUAAAGUGUCAGUUAGCCCAUGUUCUCACAUAGGUGGUCACAAGUACGCUGGGAAUGUUAUCAUCUACCAAUCAAAGAUCCACAGGAAAGUCACAGGACACUGGUAUGGGUAUAUGCAACCAGAUGAUGUACCUGUUCUCUUGGAGCAGCACAUCAUCAAAGGCGAGAUUGUAGACCGGCUAUGGAGGGGUGAAAUGGGUCUAUCCGAAGACGAUCAGAAGAAAUCUCAAGAACGACGGUUUCAGCUAAACGGUGCAGUCAAUACAGUGAAGAACAAUGGGAAAUUGACUCAGGAAUCAUCAGUUCACAGCGCCGAUGUUUCCUGUUGCCAAUCACAAGCUUCAGAACCUAAUGGUUGUUGCCAACAAAAUGGGAACAGCUCCUCGUGUUGUCAAGACACAAGUCUGAUGUUGUCCCUGGAGACCUCAGAAGAUAAUCAACUCGAAAGUGAAAACAACACGGAGAAGCUUACACCGGGAAGAAAAAUUGCAGAAAAGACUUUCUUUAGAAUAAAUAGUGAGAAAGGAUCUUCAACACGUAAGGUUUGCGGAAUACCAACAUGGUUAGAGAGCUGGGAGCGAGAAGAUACAUAUGCCGCUCUCGCUGUUGCUUGCGCCGCUGCUUCUGUGGCUGUGGCCUAUACUUGCUACAAACAGUUGUAA